AUUCAGGAAGCGACUUUCAAGGUACAACACAGCGGCGAUGGAAUUCUCUUUCACUCUCGACCAAACAAAGGCAACAGGCCCGGAAGGAUCGUAUCUUGGUCUCAAGCCACCAUCGGAUUCAUCAUCAAGCUCACCUGAUAGCCUCGACAAUCCCUUGUUGACCAUGAAUACCCUGUCCCCUGGACUUGACCCUAUGCGCCAGACAUGGGAUGCUGUCGACUUUGACCUCUUCGAUUCAUUUGCAGACUGCGGCAGUCUAUGUUUGAGUCCGAGAGAGCAGCUGCCGUCCACAACCUCAAAGAAUGGACCGGUGCCACCUUCGAAAGCCAAGCGGCGAGCGCAGAAUCGAGCGUCCCAACGGGCAUUCCGUGAACGCAAAGACCGACAUGUCAAGGGUUUGGAGUAUCAGCUCGAAACUCUGAAUGAAAAGCACCAAGACCUCCUCACUUCUUACUCCAAACAAGCCGAAAUCAUCACGCUGCUCUACAAGCGCAUCAAGGAUCUUCAAACGGAGAUUAGAACGAUCAAACUGACUAAUGAUCCAAGUGGAGGCAGCCAGUCCAUGAACUACAAGCACACACCAGACUGCUUCGACGCCUUCGCCUUUGGUGGAAAUCCGGGCUCGAUGUUGUUCAGUGCCGACGGUUUCAACUUGGACGAGGUCGGUCAGGGCUCUCUGGACCAGAAGCCGGCUGAAAGUGAGAGUCUGCCGUUGUUCGAGGAUCUGCUGCGAUAGUCACGAUGAACGAUCUCGGUUUUGCUAUGUUUUGGGGCACUAAGUUCCAUUGUUUCACGCAAAAUAUCUGUAAUGCAACACGUCACUUUCACAAGGUAGCGGAGCAUCUUGGCCCAGGUGCUGUGAACAUACAGUAGUGUCCAGGUGAAUUGGGUCGCCUUUGAUCGAUAUGGGAGUUUGACGAUGCUCUGGACAUUAGCUUGAUUGAUUUGAUAACCAAUGCACGUUCAUUAGUCACGCCAGAUAUCAAG